AUGCCCAAGCUAAACCGUCUUCAACGCUUGCUCGGACGGAUUCCAUCGUAUGUGACGCCAACGGACUCGAGGUGCACACCCGCGUGGAGAAGAUUCGGCCAAAUCAGGGCAACCAGCUCGACCAAUCGGCACCCGCACAGACUGAGCUCAUUAUCCCCGGCGGCUUUAAUUGGGUGCGCCGUUGGCGGGAGUACCAUCAUCGCAGCUUCGGUCCUGUAUUGGGCUCCAGUUGCGCAAGCAGAGGCUCCACCUCCAAAUGGGACGAGGUUCAUCCGCCUGGACGAAGUUAGACAACAUGGACGAAACUCCGAGCGGAAAUGGGUCAUGAAAGGACCUAGGGUGUUCGACAUCACAGACUGGAUCGCAGCUCACCCUGGCGGACCUGUGAUUCUGCGCGCGGUCGGCGGUUCCAUCGAUCCUUACUGGGACAUCUUCACGAUCCACCACAAGCCAGAUGUGUACGAUGUGCUGGAGGAGUACUUCAUCGGCGAGAUUGACCCGAGAGAUCGAGUCAACGGCCAGAUCAGAAGUGACGAUGUUGAAGACCCGUUCGUCAAUGAUCCGAGACGAGACCCGCGUCUGAUUCAGCACACACGGACGCCUUGCAAUGCAGAAUCUCCCAAGACCUCUCUGGACACCUUCAUCACCCCAACCGAGACAUUUUACGUUCGCAACCAUUUUUGGGUUCCAGAAGCGGACGAGGAGUCACACAAGCUGACGGUGGAGCUCCCAGAUGGCAGUGAAAAGGAGUACACUCUGUCGCAGCUCAAGCGCAACUUCCCACCAUUCCGCAUAACAGCAACUCUGCAGUGUUCGGGCAACCGACGAAAACACAUGACCACGAUGGCGAGACCUGCAAGUGGCCUUCAGUGGGACGUAGGCGCCAUAUCGAAUGCAGAAUGGACCGGCGUUCGUCUGAGUGAUGUCUUGCGCGAUGCAGGGUUCGACGCUGAUGAUAGUGAUUCCGAAGACGUUAAGCACGUACACUUUAUCGGAGCUGAAGCAUAUGCCGCGUCGAUACCAAUUGAGAAAGUGCUCAGUUCGCGAGGAGAUGUCAUGCUCGCGUAUCAAAUGAAUGGCAGACCCUUGCCGCAGGAUCACGGCUACCCGUUGCGUGUCCUCGUUCCCGGCCAUACGGCGGCGAGAAGUGUCAAGUGGCUCGAAAAGAUUGUCCUGUCAGAUGAAGAAAGUCAAUCCCAGUGGCAGCAGCGAGACUACAAGUGCUUUGGACCUAACCAGCCCGCCAAAGGCGUCGACUGGUCCUCAGCCCCGGCCAUCCAGGAGACACCCGUUCAGUCCGCCAUCACCUCGAUAAGGGACGUAUCCCGCAGUGGCUUCAAUGAGCAUAAACAGCUGCAAAAGCCUGGAUCCAAGGAAGCCGCAGUCGACGUGGUAGGAUAUGCGUACAGUGGAGGAGGCCGAGAAAUCGUCCGAGUCGACAUCAGCACAGAUGGAGGACGCACGUGGCUACAAGCAGACCUGCUUCCAGACGAGUCGAAAGGCCAGAAGAGUUGGUCGUGGAAGCGAUGGCAGGCAACCGUGAGCAAGCCUCCAGCGGGAGCUGAGUUCGUGGUAAAGGCUGUUGAUGACAGCUAUAACACACAGCCCGAGUCGUACGAAGCCCAAUGGAACUUUCGAGGUAACUUGACGACAGCAUGGCAUCGAGUUCCGUAUGGUGAUGAUGGUCCGCAGGCGGAUAAGAGCUAA